CCCCCCCCCAGCAUGGCGGAGGCUGCCAUGGCCGCGCGGGUGCCGCCGGACGAGGACGGGGAUGAGUGUCUGCCCCAGUACCGCCACCUGCUCAGCCCCGACCUGCUCGCGGGUCAGGUGGCCUUCAUCACCGGCGGSGGCUCCGGCAUCGGCUUCCGCAUCGCCGAGAUCUUCAUGAGGCACGGCUGCCGGACCGUCAUUGCCAGCAGGAACCUGCAGCGAGUGUCGGAGGCUUCGAAAAAGCUGGUGGCAGCCACAGGGCAGCAGUGCCUGCCUCUGUCUGUCGAUGUCCGACAGCCUCAGACCAUUGUGGCAGCCGUGGAUGAGGCACUGAAGGAGUUCAAGAGGAUUGACAUCCUCAUUAAUGGUGCUGCAGGGAACUUCCUGUGCCCAGCCAGUGCCCUGUCCUUCAACGCCUUCAAGACUGUGAUAGACAUCGACACCAUGGGCACCUUCAACACCUCCAAAGUGCUCUUUGAGAAGUAUUUCCGGGACCACGGCGGGGUCAUCGUUAACAUCACAGCGACCCUGAGCUACCGAGGGCAGGCCCUGCAGGUGCACGCUGGGGCUGCCAAGGCUGCCAUAGAUGCCAUGACCCGUCACCUGGCUGUGGAGUGGGGACCCAACAACAUCCGUGUGAACAGCCUGGCCCCCGGCCCCAUCACAGGCACUGAGGGCUUCCGGCGCCUGGGUGGGAAGUUUGCUGAGAAAUCCGACCAGUUCUCCGUGAUCCCGCUGCAGCGCGCGGGGAACAAGACUGAGAUCGCACACAGCACCCUGUACCUGGCCAGCCCCCUGUCCUCCUACGUCACCGGCACCACCCUGGUCGUGGAUGGUGGCAGCUGGCUCACCUCCCCCAACAGCUUCUCUGCCUUGCUGGGUAUUGCCUCCUCCUCUGCUAAACUCUAGAUGUCUGGGCUGCAGGAGCAAACCAACCCCACUGAUGGAYGGCCUGGGACUGACCGAUGGACAGAUGUGACCUGGGACACUGGGGGGACAUCUCCCAGAGCCACUGUCCACAGCCACAGCCUCUCCUCAGCCUCUGGUGAUGGUGGUGGCACUGCCAGUGCUGUGUCUGCCUGGGGGCAGAGCUCAGGGGGUGUGGGUGGGGAAGGAGCCCAGCCCCGUCCUGUGCCAUUGCUGCUCUCUGWGCUGGCAUGGC